AUGGCCUCGGCCACAGCACUGACCAUAAAAGAGGAAGCCACCUGCUUCAUCUGUCUGGAACUGAUGACUGAGCCAGUGAUCAUAGACUGUGGGCACAUCUACUGCCGUUCUUGCAUAUUAAAAAAUCUUGCAAUCCAGAAACAGCAGUCACCUUCCGGGGAAAACUUAGAGUGUCCUGUAUGUAGGGCACAGUUUCACAGGGAGAGCAUCAGGCCCAGUAAGCAGCUAGGAAACCUCAUUGACACCAUCAAGAAGAUGGAGCUGGAACAUCUGUGUGAGGAACACGGAGAGUGGCUCUGUCUAUUCUGUGAAGAUGAUGAACAGCUCAUUUGCUGGCACUGUGACAAGACACCACAGCACAGAGGGCACAACACGGUCCUUGCUGCAAAUGCGUAUCAAGAGUAUAAGCAAGGUGUUUUUAAAUGUGACUAUUGUCUAAAAACAAAUCUUAAUAUCCAGAGGCACAUGAAGUUUGCAACUUUCCACCCUGCCCGUUUUUGUAAAACUGCAGUCAUCUUGGACCUUUUAAGUACAAAUUUUAAACUCAACCAAGUAGUGAUAAGUGGAAUGGUUACUGUUUAUACUGUGGUAAACUUCGAGGAAUCUUUGACACACCUGAGGAAACUAGCAGAACAAAAUAAGGAAUGGCUAGGGAACAUAAGAGAGCAAAUAAAAAAUUUUAAGUCUGAAAUGAUGGAAAUAAAAAACGACAUCAAAUAUGAUUUUAAGUUCUUUCACAUGAUCCUAUACAUGGAGGAGGAUUCUUAUCUCUGGAGACUUGAAAAUGAAGAAGAGCAAGUUCUGAAGAGACUGCAGGACAGUGAAGCCCAGCUGGAAAAGCAAAGCCAGGAACUCAAUAAACACAUCCUGGAACUGGAGAGGAAAUGUCAAGGCUCAGCCCAGGAGUUACUGCAGGAUGUGAGGAAUACUUUGGACAGGAUUUCUGCUAUGAAGUUAAAUGCACCAGAAGAUGUCUCAUUGCAUAUUCACAGUAUGCCUGAUGUUGAAAGCUUUUUCUGUCAACUGUUAAAAUUGUUUGAGACUGAUAAUGUUAAGCUUACUUUGGAUCUAGAUACAGCUCACAACAACCUAUAUGUGGACAAAGAUAAAAACAAGGCUUUUGGUGGAAGGCUCCAAGUGAAGCAGGACACUACUACUAGGUUUAAAGACUCACCCUGUGUCCUUGGAUGUGAGGCCUUCACCUCUGGAAAAUAUUAUUUUGAAAUAUCUUUCAAAUAUUACUUUGAAAAUUCUUCUUUUCGAGAAGGAUCUAGGUGGGAUGUCGGAGUUUGUCUGGAAAAUGUGCCAAGAGAAAAUGACAUGAGACGGGAUCCUGAGUCUGGAUUCUGGGCCAUCAGACAUUGUAGAGAUGAUGACUAUAUUGCUCUUACAUCUCCCCUAACUCCUCUUUGUCUGGAGGAUGUUAGUCUUAUAGGGGUUUUUGUGGACUAUGAGGCCGGACUUGUCUCCUUUUACAAUGUGGAUACUAUCUCCCACAUCUUCACUUUCCCAAAGGCCUCUUUCUCUGGGCCUGUCAGGCCUUAUUUCUGUAUUGGUGAAGAUACUUAUUUGCACAUUUAUCAUGGAUAUUUGUAA